AUGACUGCUGAGAAAUCGAAAGAAAGGGCAUCCGUACGACAGGAGGCGAGAAACGGAAAAAAUCCAGAGUCCAUGCCCGAGCAAGGUUGGCUGUCGUUGGUGUUGGUCACUUACCAAAGUUGGCUCAUCAGCCCUGUCUGGCUCUGUGGCUGUGGCUGUCAAUCAAGCAGCUCAUGCAAAGGUAAAGUGCACACAGCAAAGACAGACACACAGGCCAUUUCCAUUUUCACUAAAUGA